GGCCACGAACCUUCACUCUCAUCAAGUUUGAACUUGCCAUUGGCCAACUUAUCAUACUAUGGGACUGUUCACCACAUGCUCAAGUUCGCUCUGUGCGAUGGAUCCUAUGUUCCCAAACAUCAUGGAGCUGGCUCGUUGCCAUUACGGUCCCGAACUUCAUAAAACCAACGAAUCGUCCCGUUUCUGCUUUUCUUGCAUACUGGAUGUCGACUGCGACGAAGAGCAUACCAGUUUCAUUAGAUUUUACAAUAUCUCACCCAGUUAAUUGUCACCAUGCUCAUCCGUCUCGUCCCCUCCCUAUCACAUGGCACUGUUCUCUACAACGUCUCCUUCCCGGCCAAUGUUCCCAAUUUGCCUACUCCCCCUGCGUGGUCGAACCAGCUACACCUUCUGACCUCGGUGUUAUGCCUCGAAUCUCCCCAAAACAUCCACGUGUUUGACCGUUCAGUUGGUCUCGUCGCCCGGAUAACUGAAGUCGUGUUUGAUGUACCAUCCAAGGAGGUUGUCGUGAGCUUCGUUGGUGGGCGUGCUGAAAAGCUGCCCAUGAACUCGCAAUGCAUGCAGAUGCUUCAGGGCGUCGUCGACGACGUUAAAACGUGUUCUGAACAAGAAUCCCGACGAGACAGCUUCGAACGUGCCACCUCCGCUAGUAUCUGCAGCAGUGUAACUAGUUCGCAGGAAAUCCCUAGCGCAUCCAGCGCGCCCCCGAAGUCUCCGAAGCUGAGCAGGCAUAAGAAGCAGCGCUCCCUGCUGUUUUCUUUGAUCUCCUCGUUGGUGCCACGUUCCUUGUCCCCACCCCCGGCCCCUCCUCCAUCACCCACAACACCCUACCCUUCGUCCCCGGCCCCCCUCCCGCCAAUUCCCCCUAUUACACCCCGCAAUGCGUCAAUUUCUCCCAUCCCGCAAUCUCCAAUCUCCCCCUAUAACUCCGCUUUCCCACCACUAACAGAUCCGCCAAUUCUCCGUCGUCGCGCACGCGCUACGCUGAUUGAUGCCUGGAGACGGCAUGUUGUUCCUGCGCUUUCGGCUCACAACCUUUACGCAGGGUACAUUGAAUGGGUGCUCCGUGGUAUGGCUAUCGGAACCCGCUCCGAGGUGAGAGAAAUUGAGAGAUCCUGGCAGCACCGCGAUGGGCCUGGGCGCGGUGCAGCUCGUAAGCAUGGAAGGACGCAAAGCGAGGGUAGAGCUGCUCUUGACUUUGGGCAGCGCGGCUCUGAAGAAAUUCAAAGACGAUGGCGUGCGCCUUCACCAUUUCCUGACGAAGUCGAGGGUGAACAUGACGACUGCGUUGUAUAUCCUCGCCACGAACAAGCACACGAAUGGGGCGCAAUUCGCCAUGUCCGCAACCCAAGUGCAUGCGAUGAACUUGACGCGUACGCUUUUGAGUUCAGCGUGGAGAAUGGCAGCCUCUUGCGUGAGAGCUUCGGCUUUGGGACCGACGCCUUUGGUGAUGUGUGGGAUGAUGAUGACCAUGUCAAUUUCGAUCAUUUUGGCUCCCUGCGCCCCAGAACAGAGUUCACCUUCGACGACGGGCAACUCAAUUUCGAUGAGGGUUUUGGAAGUGAUUACGAGGGUGGCGACUAUUUAGUCGACAACACGUUUGCUGUUACGCCGUCCGAUGCCACUGAGGAAGAUGAGUCAGAUGAAAGCCAAACAUCUAUACUUACCCCCGAGGACGGUGAAGUCCUGCCUUUGCCGCUCCCAGCUACGUUACCAGGAUUGUCUAAGAACGGUGCAUGCUUUCAGCAGCGCAGUCAUUCUGACUCCGUUCCGACGGCUGUCUCAAAAACGACUUCUUCUCGUCCUAAAAAUCGACCUCUUCAUUCAAGCCCCGGAUUCUCCUCUACCGCGCCAGAUACAUGCUCCAAGCCUUCUAGUCCAACUACCGCGGCGCCAUGGGGUUACCAAUCGCCGAUGCAUCCACAGAAGCUAUCCUCGCGUUUUCCUUCAUCGCCGUCACGUCUGCCCAAGCGCAUGUCCAUUCCGAAUGUGGAGGAACUUCUUUCCACCCGUAUUGCCUUACUUUCGCAAAUUCGAAGUGCCCUAACUCUUGUGCGUACUCGUGCACGCGAGGAACAUUGGGGCUUGUUGUGGUCACAAAACUCUUUUGGGUGUGGAUUGAUGGACCCUGAAUCAGAGGGGCAACUUGAAAUUAGGGCACGUAGGCGUGCAUGGAGUGCAGGCAUCAAGGUCUCUGCGGCUUCCGCACCAACCUUAUUUUCCGCCUCCAUCCCGGGUUCUAGCAUGGGCGCGAGGGUUUGGGAUGGUUCAGUCCCAUCUACUGCGCAUUUCCUUAAUCGACCUCCUGGACUCACGCCACCUGUGACAAAGUUGAAUGGACCAAUUCUUCCGCCUGGUCUUCUGUUAGGCAGACCUAUCAAGCGGUCACCAUUAUCCAUGUACGUGUGGAGCGUGGAUGAUGUGGCCAAGCGAGACACUGCUCGUCCCAGCAAGUACGGAGAUAUUGGCUUGAAACAUAGUGGAGAAACAGCGGCUUUGAAGCGCCCCCUGCGCGUUUCGUUCCUCGAAAGUCCCACGAAGUUGCUUCCCGUGCGUGAGGAAGGGGACGACGAUGUGGGUUCUUCCGAAAGGAGAACCUCCAAGAUCGACUUCCCACAAAGUCCUACAUCACCGACUUCGCCUGUUCAAGUUACAUCAGUCAUCGUUCCGGACGAGAGGUUUGGUGCCAGUCAGGGAGAUGUCAGUGCGACUGACGAUCCGUUCUUCUGUUCUCCCUAUCAUGCGCGUGCGCGGACGACGAGCAUGUAUCCUUGCUCUCAACCCUCACAGGAACUCCCUAUGUUCAGGCCACGUACGCCUCCCCCAUCAUAUCAGGCUGCCACUGGGGACGACAACACCGACGAUGACGAAGAGUCCGACAAUGGGUCGCUCGAUGCUUGCGCACUGUUAUUCCAACCUCUUUCAACGUUGUGCUUGACAUCGCCCACGAAAAAAACUACGCCUACACGACCUCCGCUAGUAACAAGUCUGCCAUUCACUCCUCGAGUUCGUGCCGUGUCCUUGCCCGCGUGCCCAGUCCGCCCGCGUAGUCCAUCUCUCUCUUCGAGGUCGAAUGACGAGGAAUGCCAGGAUCUAUCGCAGGCUUAUGCUGCGCCACCGCCUCCAGCCACCGCCAUUACUGCAGCGCCAACCAUUGCAGUUACCGAGUCUUAUCUCACCUAUGCGCACCUUCAUGCUCCAGUGCCUAUCUGUGGAACAGCCAGCGUGACACAUGGCAUGUGUGAGAAGAGUAAGGGAAUUGCAAGUCGGGAGGUGGUCUUUGAGCGGAACGGGGAAGAAUAUAUGUUGGGUCUGGAAGUGGCGUUGGGUAGGGCAGAGGAGGGGCGUUCGGUGUGGUGAAAAAAAGGAGAUGCGGUUUAACGCCGAUGCACAAAGCUUAGACUCGGGGACUGACUACAAACUGCUCUAAUCUUUAUUCCUGUCCAUCAUGCUUUCGUUCGUAUCAGCUUUCGUGUUUUCGCCCUCGCCAUAGGAUCUUAACGCUUCUCCGGCUUCUCCCUAAUAGUCAGCGUUUAUGAUGCUUUCACCUAGACCAUCAGAUGCAGUGAUCGAAUUACCUGGGUCAUGUGUCACGUAGUCUCAGCAAGCCUGGAACUUUGAUUCCUCGAUGGAUCCGUACAGUCGUAAUUAAAAAAAAUUCUUAUGAGUUUGACGUCUUGCGGCUUGCCUUCCUUCAC